AUGACCACCAUCAAGAACGUCGCUGUCCUGGGAGCCACAGGCAACGUCGGCCCCGCCAUCACCUCCGCCCUCGCCUCGUCAGGCUUCACCGUCACGGUCCUAACCCGCUCCGCCCAGCCGCCCUCCAACCUACCCCCGAACGUGACUGUCCGCACAGUAGACUACACCUCCCGCGACUCUCUCUCCUCCGCCCUCGCAGGCCAAGAUGCAGUCAUCUCUGCGCUGGCAGGCGCCGCUGUCCCCUUGCAGAAGCAAGUUAUUGAUGUGGCGGCUGAGGUCGGGGUGAAGAGGUUUGUACCGAGCGAGUUUGGGAUCAACACGCGCAAGGCGAGGGGAAGUGCUAUUGGGAAGAUCUUGGGGGGGAAGAUUGAGGUGGUGGAUUAUUUGAAGGAGAAGGAGGGAAGCGGGCUGACAUGGACGGGGGUGGCAACGGGGUUAUUUUUCGAUUGGGGCCUCGAGCGCACCGGUUUGGGUGUGAUUAAUCUAAAGGAGAGGACGAGUACUGUGGUUGACUCGGGUAACGAACGCUUCCAAACGAGCACCCUCGCCCAAGUCGGCCGCGCAGUCGUCCACGUCCUUCAGCACCCGGAUGAAACGGCCAACAAAUACAUCUCGACAUCCUCCUUUAAUGUGUCUCAGAACGAGAUCAUCUCUGCCGUCGAGGACCUCACUGGCACCAAGUUUCCGGUCACGGCCAGGCAGAGCUCCGCCGACCUACAGAAGUCGGGAGAAGAGAAGCUCGCCAAGGGGGAUUGGACUGCGUUUUUUGAUCUGCUCAGGGCUUGGAAUAAUGGAGAUGGACGGGGGAAUGCGCUGAGUGAGGAGGAGAGUGGGAAUAAGCUGAUUGGGUUGGAGGGGGAGGAUUUGAAGACGGUGCUGAGGGAGUGGUUGAGGAAGGAGGGGGUUUUGAAAGCUUAG